AUGAAGCUGGUUGGAGGACAGUCCAACCCAACUGGUCCUUAUUCUUCGGUCUGUCAUAAAUGGAGUCACAAGGAAGAAGUCAAAAUACACUGUUGUGAAACCGUGAGCAGCUCUAUUUCUUCUUGCCUUUUCAGGUGUGGGCAGCCCAAUACUCCCCAAAGAUUGGCCUGGAUUUGGCUUCUGAUGCUAGAAAAAUGGCUAGAAUGGGACAGGAAAUUCCCCCUGUCUACUUUAUGGAGAAGGACAGAGUUUCUUUUGCUAUCAGAAGAUCUACAAAAUAAUAUUCCAGAAGACAUCCUUAAGGAACUGUAUGAGGCCAUACCACAAGAUGAUAUAGGGCCUUUGACUGACAGCAUUAGGAAGGGGGAGAAUUGGGCACCCCAGCUUGGCACAAAAGGUGUUUCCACCCUCUGGGACCUCCUGUGGCAGGCACCCCCACAAGCACAUGCCCUGCUGGAUCUCUUACUUGGAGAGGACAAUGGCAUAGAAGCCUGUGGCUGGCCUCUGCAGAAACCAUUGAUUGACUUUAAUCAGAAAGCACCAAAAUCUCUAAAGGGCCCCAGCCCUAUCCCCUCUGGGGUAGCUUAUGCCAUCUCUGGGACUCUGCGUACACUACGCUGCCCUGCAGAACCACUUGGGGUUGAAUGGCAUCUCCUGUGUAAGGAGCUCCUUAGAGCUUGCGAAACUGAAGGUGGUCUCCUGCAAGAGGAGCAACUCUUUGGGUGCAUGAUAAGGAGAGCUAGCUGGAGCCUGGUUGCUGUAUGUGGCAGCAUCUAUGCAGAACAGGUGAAGGAAAAGCCGUUGGGCUCUAAAACGUUGGGAAAACUUCCAUCUGAACAUCUGGAUCCUGAGAAGGCAAUGCUAACUCUGUUCUCCAAUCCUAAUACAACCCAGGCAUGGAAGAUGGCCUAUUUUUAUUGCUUGAGAAGCCACAAACACCUCCUGAAAUUGAUGGUAGAUUUUUUUCUCUUCUUUCUAAUACCUUUACAUGGCUGGGGCAGAGUCUCCAGCCUAUUACUAGAAAGUGCAAGUAGUGAACUAAGCAUGAGCACCUCAAGUAUUGAUCGGGGAAGUCUGAGUACCAUGUCUGGGUGCAGUGAGCUAGAGGUCCAGCUACAACCCCAACUGCAAAACCUACUUAUCCCUAUGAUACUGUCUCAGCCCAAGUCACUUCUUGCAUCUUGUAUUCUCCCAGAGAAAUCUGUGGAAGCACAUCAGGUGGUGUUCAUGUUUGACCUAAAGUCCUCUCCCAGCUAUGGUGAGCUCAUGUUUAUGGAGCGCUACCAAGAAGUGAUCCAAGAGUUGGCCCAAGUAGAGCACAAGAUUGAAAACACGAUCUUAGAUGGAGGCAGUACCACUGUUCGACAAACCAGCAGUGGUUGAUCAGCCCUGCAGGCCAUUGACAGUGCUGCUGCAGCAGGUAUGAUAUUUUACUCUAUUUCUGAUGUAACUGACAAACUGCUUAGCAUCUUUAGGGACCCCAUCCCCAUCCUUCAGGAGGACUUCUGGAUAAGCAGCACGCAAAUGGAACCCACUGCUCCCUUGAGGGACAUUCUGGAAGAUCUCAGCCGCCCCCCCCCCCCAGCUAAGGCUGCAUUUGACCUAGCCUGCACCUGGUGCCAACUAUGGAAAACUUGCAAGCAACUUCUGGAAACAGCUGAGCAACAUCUGCACAGCAGCCUCAAGAGCCAAGGUCAAAAGCUUGACUAUGUUCUCCUGAACUCUGAUGUCAUUAGAAGCUUUCCAGUUGUUCUUCAGCAAACUGGCAAACUUCUCAACUACCCUUUUGUGCCAGCAGGACAAACUAAAUACAAUGCAGAAGAAAAAACAGGUAGUCACCCUUGGUACAGUGAGCUCCUUCAGAUGUGCUUCCCAAGCCUGACAGAGGACUGUGUGUUUAACCAAGCCACCUUCUGCCAGGAGCGAGAGCAGAUCGUCCAGACACUAGAGCUUCCAGAUAAAGAUGGCCAGCAGUACCUGUUUUCUGUAAAGGAUGCAAUUCUGAGAAGCCAAAUGGCCCUUUGGUCUGUGGAAAGGUGGCCCCUGGAACCUUGCCUAGAAAUUUUGGCCUUUUGCAUUUCUGAACCAGCUGUCCCAGAAAGAUUACUAUCAGAGCUGCGUAAAAAGCUGAAGGAGCUACAAGUUUACCAGAAGAUUCUGGAUUUGCAUUCCACUUCGAUGUGCUCUGACUGGCAGACAUUGAAGAGUUGUUGUGCUGACAACCCACCAGUGGUCAUGGACCUGAUUCUAGAGGCAAAGGAAUAUGAGCUGGAGGAGUGGGGCUGCCUCUGUCCUAUUCCAAGAGAACAUUUAAUCAACUUGAACCAAAAACAUCUCCUCUGCCUUCUAGAGAGUGGAGAUCAUGAAAAAGCCCUCCAGCUCCUUCAGGAAAUCUCUGAUGCCAUCGUGCGCCUUGAUAUCACAGAACGUUCCCUUGAUGAGCAUCCCAGCCUGGCUGCCUCUCACUUUUUAGCCAGCUACCUCACCACUCACUUCUACAGGGAACUGACAGCUACUCGACACUAUGAGAUCCAAGCUCUAUACGUGGGGUCCAAGGUUCUGCUGACUUUGCCUGAGCCAUACCAGGCCAGCUACUUCAACCUGUCUUCCAGUCCCUUAUUCAUGUUGGAGCAGCUGCUGAUGAACAUGAAAGUGGACUGGGCUACUGUGGCUGUGCAAACCCUAUACAACCUGCUGACUGGGCAAGAAACUGGCUUUACUAUGGAGGACAUUGACGCGCUACUUUCCAGAUCUGCAGGGAAAGCACUCGAUUUCCCAUAUUCAUUGAAAGAAAAGCAAUCAGCUAGGCGGGAGUGGGUACCAGAUGAGAUGGAAAUCACCUGUAUGAUGUAUAGAAGUGAACGUUUCACCAUGUUUAACCACCGUCAUCACUGCCGUCGCUGUGGCAGGCUGGUGUGCAGCUCUUGCUCCACUAAGAAAAUGGUUGUAGAGGGCAGCAAAGAGAACCCAGCUUGGGUGUGUGACCAGUGCUACAGCCACUACAAGAAACAGUGA